AUGCCAGGGAACCUUUCCACAGCCGCAUCCCCCGCGGCCGACACCUCCAACGGUACGGCGGCCGCACCUUGGGAAGCGCCGGCCUUCACGGUGGCCGCCCGCUGCCGCGUGGCCGCCACUCUGGUGCUCUUUGUCUUCGCCGCUGCGAGCAACCUGGCGGUGUUGAUCAGCGUGCGCUGGGGCCGAGGCUAUCGGCUGGCGGCGCACCUGCGUCCGCUCAUCGCCAGCUUGGCGUCGGCCGAUUUGGUGAUGACCUUUGUGGUGAUGCCGUUGGACGCCGUUUGGAAUAUCACCGUGCAGUGGUACGCGGGGGACGCCAUGUGCAAGCUGUUGUGUUUCUUGAAACUCUUUGCCAUGCAUUCGGCGGCGUUCAUACUGGUGGUGGUGAGCCUGGACCGAUAUCGGGCCAUUCUUCAUCCUCUGGAUUCCCUGGAUGCUGGGCUGAGGAACAAACGCAUGCUGCUGGUGGCCUGGACGCUCAGCUUGUUGCUGGCAUCUCCUCAGCUUUUCAUCUUUCGGGCCAUUAAGGCAGACGGGGCCGACUUCACUCAGUGCGCCAGCCACGGGAGUUUCCGGCAUGGCUGGCAGGAGACGGCGUACAACAUGUUUCACUUUGUGACACUCUAUGUCUUCCCGCUGCUUGUCAUGACCUUCUGCUACACAAGCAUCCUCACCAAGAUCACUGGGCAGAUGCACAAGAGCAAAGAUGGUGAGCGAUGCCUGCGACGCAGUGGAAAAGACCAGAUUCCCAAAGCCCGGAUGAAGACCCUCAAGAUGACCAUAGUCAUUGUCAGUUCUUUUGUCAUCUGUUGGACCCCUUAUUACAUUCUGGGGAUCUGGUACUGGUUCCAACCGUCCAUGAUCCAGCACACUCCAGAGUACGUGCACCACAUCCUGUUUGUCUUCGGCAACCUGAAUACAUGCUGCGACCCGAUCAUCUACGGUUUCUACACGACGUCCUUCCGGGCCGACCUGGCCGACGUGAUGGCGUGCUGCCGCUGCCGCCGCCGCCGCCGCGCCGACGGCGACUCGCCGCGUUCUGUGGAUCGCCUUUCGGCGAGAAAGGCCGGAGCUGCUGGGGAGAUGGAGUCGGAUCUGAGCUCCAACCCGCACAGCGGUAACGUAUGA